UGUAGCAAUCCCUAAUUGAAGACGAUAUUUCCAAAUAAAAUGAGCAGUCCUGUUAUGAACUGGAGAAAUCUGGUUAUACUGGCAGUUCUCUUCAAGUUCGGAGAUAAUGCUUGUUCAAAACAAAAGAGGGAGGAGCCGAGAGGAUACUCUGGCGAUGAUUAUAUUGUGGGAGGAAAUGAUGCUUUAUCCAACGCAUAUCCAUGGAUGGUUUAUCUAUUAAUAGGAGGCAAGCAACAGUGUGGAGGUUCUUUAAUUUCAAGACAUGUUGUUCUCACUGCAGCCCAUUGUACGGACAAGAAUGAAGAUAUAAAGGCCUAUAUUGGAAGCAAUAUAAAAAAAGAGGGGCAAGAGUACAUUGUUAGCCUAAAACUCAACCAUCCAGGGUUUGAUAGAAACAAAAAAGUGCAUUAUGCAAGUUAUGAUAUUUCGCUGCUCUAUCUGAAGGAAAAGGUCCUUACAGCUUUUCCAAUUCCCCUUAUUAACCCUGAAUUUCAGCUACCAACAGGAACAACUGUGAGAGCCCUAGGAUGGGGUAGAAUAGCAUAUGAUAUAAAAGGAGGAUCUAAACUGUUACAAGAGGUGGAUCUGCUUGUUUCACCAUGCACAAUUUCUGAGAAGCAACUAGUUACGGAAACUGCUUUUUGUACCAGAACUCCAAACAAGGAUACAUGCAGUGGUGAUUCUGGUAGUCCAGUAGUCAUCUUUGAAAAUGGGAAAUAUUUUCAGGUUGGACUUACAAGUAUAGGACAAGCCAAAUGUGCUGUUGAUCAGAAUUCAUUAUAUACAGAUCUUCGUAUCCUAGGAAAAUGGGUGAGAGACAAUUUGCAGUUUGGUAAUCCUAUGCAGGGGCUAGUUUCCCAACCUAAAGUUCCCUCAGUCACUGGAUUAACUAAACCUCUUAAUCCAGCAAAACCCAUUAAACCUUUAUAUCCUCCAAGACCUGGUAGACCUCUGGAACCUAUUAGAAGUAUUACACCUACCCAACCAAUUAUACCUUUGAGGGCUGGCCCUAAGAAAUCCCUACCAACCCACCAGACCAACAAAGUACGUUCAUCAGCAAGACCGAAUAAAAAAAAUAAAGUUCUAUUCAAGAAGAAUGGACAAUUGUUUGCAGCAUAUGUUUAACCCCUGAAGGAAAGUAAUGGAUAUUUCACACGAAAACAAUUCUGUAGGCAAAUAUGGUUUUUAAAGAAAAAUAAAAGCAUAUGAAAUUUUA